AUGACGUCCCUCGACUCAAGGAUUUGCGAUACACCUGGAUGCAGUUCUGUUGCAAAAUUACAAUGUCCUUCUUGUAUAAAGCUUGGGAUUCAAGGUUCUUUUUUUUGCUCACAGGAUUGUUUCAAGGGAACUUGGAAAAGCCAUAAACUUCUUCAUAAAAUUGCAAAAGGUGCUAAUAGUUCAAUAUCUCAAGAUGAUUCAUACACUCCAUGGCCUAAUUAUAAAUUCACAGGAAAACUUAGACCAUAUCCUCAAACAUCUUGUAGAAUAGUACCCCCCACGAUACCGAGGCCUGAUUAUGCUGAUCAUCCAACAGGUUCUCCCAUUAGUGAACUUGCUUCUAAAGGGUCAGCUCAGAUUAAAAUAUUAAAUGAUGAAGAAAUAGAAGGAAUGAAAGUUGCAUGCAAGCUUGGUAGGGAAGUUUUGGAGGAAGCAGCAAAAAUUAUCAAGGUUGGUGUAACCACUGAUGAAAUUGAUAAAAUAGUUCAUGAAGCUUGCAUUGAAAGAGAAUGCUAUCCAUCUCCAUUGAAUUAUUAUCAAUUUCCAAAAUCUUGUUGUACUUCUAUAAAUGAGGUUAUUUGCCAUGGAAUCCCCGAUUUAAGGCCUCUGCAAGAUGGAGAUAUAUGUAAUGUCGAUGUAACUGUAUAUCAUAGGGGUUAUCACGGCGAUUUAAAUGAAACAUUUUUAGUUGGGGAUGUUCCGGAAAUCGGUAGAAAGCUGACAAAAAUUACUUGGGAAUGCCUUCAAAAAGGAAUUGAGCAGUUGUAUUUAAAAAUGAAACCUGGAGAAAAAUACAGAGAAAUAGGUAAUAUAAUUCAAAAACAUGCCCAAGCCAAUGGAUUUUCUGUUGUUAAAAGUUAUUGUGGUCAUGGUAUUCAUAAAUUGUUUCACACCGCUCCAAAUAUACCACAUUAUGCAAAAAACAAAGCUGUUGGAAUAAUGAAACCUGGACAUUGUUUUACAAUUGAACCAAUGAUAAGUCAAGGAACGUGGAGGGAUGAAAUGUGGCCUGAUUCUUGGACGGCUGUAACUGCUGAUGGUCUUUUAUCUGCUCAAUUUGAGCAGACGUUAUUAGUAACGGAUACAGGUGUAGAAAUAUUAACGAAAAGAAUAAGCAACAACGUACUGAAAUGUUGGGAUUUUUUUAUAAAUGUCAUUUUAAAAUCUGCUCAUUACAAUAUCAAGUCAUAA